GGCGUGGUGCCCCCCCCCCCCCCCUCCUUCAUUUUGUGUCUUCAUUGCUUUCUGGAAAUCUCAGGAAUUCUUUAGAGGACUUUAAAGGUUUAUUUCUGUACAAUAGGAAUAGAGAGUUCAAGUUGAGGAACUCUUUUCUUUAAGGAGGGGAACCCUCUGCAACAUACAAGGCAUGGUUUUCACUGGUAGAUCCAGGAUUCUUAGUAAGAGCAGGAGUGUUCAAGUACCGGUAAAGGAACUCUUUCUUUUGAGGAUGGGAACCCUCUGCAACAUACCACAAGGCAUGGUUUUCACUGGUAGAUCCAGGAUUCUUAGUAAGAGCAGGAGUGUUCAAGUACCGGUAAAGGAACUCUUUCUUUUGAGGAGGGGAACCCUCUGCAACAUAUUACAAGGCAUGGUUUUCACUGGUGGAUCCAGGAUUCUUAGUAAGAGCAGGAGUGUUCAAGUACCGGUAAAGGAACUCUUUUCUUUGAGGAUGGGAACCCUCUGCAACAUAUUACAAGGCAUGGUUUUCACUGGUGGAUCCAGGAUUCUUAGUAAGAGCAGGAGUGUUCAAGUACCGGUAAAGGAACUCUUUUCUUUGAGGAUGGGAACCCUCUGCAACAUACAAGGCAUGGUUUUCACUGGUAGAUCCAGGAUUCUUAGUAAGAGCAGGAGUGUUCAAGUACCGGUAAAGGAACUCUUUUCUUUGAGGAUGGGAACCCUCUGCAACAUACAAGGCAUGGUUUUCACUGGUAGAUCCAGGAUUCUUAGUAAGAGCAGGAGUGUUCAAGUACCGGUAAAGGAACUCUUUUCUUUGAGGAUGGGAACCCUCUGCAACAUAUUACAAGGCAUGGUUUUCACUGGUGGAUCCAGGAUUCUCAGUAAGAGCAGGAGUGUUCAAGUACCGGUAAAGGAACUCUUUUCUUUGAGGAUGGGAACCCUCUGCAACAUACAAGGCAUGGUUUUCACUGGUAGAUCCAGGAUUCUUAGUAAGAGCAGGAGUGUUCAAGUACCGGUAAAGGAACUCUUUUCUUUGAGGAUGGGAACCCUCUGCAACAUAUUACAAGGCAUGGUUUUCACUGGUGGAUCCAGGAUUCUCAGUAAGAGCAGGAGUGUUCAAGUACCGGUAAAGGAACUCUUUUCUUUGAGGAUGGGAACCCUCUGCAACAUAUUACAAGGCAUGGUUUUCACUGGUGGAUCCAGGAUUCUUAGUAAGAGCAGAAAGAAGAAGAGAAAGACAUAUACAUGUAUAUAAAGCAGAGCAGCCCAAGAGCACCUAUAGGGUAAAUUUACAAGUAGGGGUAUGUACAAGGCAAUCCAAUGGAUCCACCAAUGAACUCCAAUGUACUAUUGAUUGCUGAUAGGUUCAGAUGUAAUGUAUUGAAUAUUGGACUCGCUACUGCCGAGGGUAAUGUAUAACCGUGAGCAGGCUUGGCGAGAUGCAGAUUUUCAAAUUUGCGCUUUACAUUUUUAUUCUCAUCACCUUGAUCCAAAUGUUAUAUUAUCAGCAAUUGCCACCUCCAUCAGACCCAUCCACACUAUCGAUGAGAACUUAGCCUCAAUGACCUAUCAUGAUUCAGUCAGUUCUUGUAUUUCCAUCCAAAACUCAACUGAGGCUUGAAACAAAGGAGGAACGGGCUGGUCCCUUUAUUUAUACGGAGUGUGAGUAUUCCUUUACUGUUAUUUAAUGCAGGGGGGUCAAACCAAAAUGGCUACAGCAUAAACAAGGUGUACUCGGCGCUAUCUAAAAUAAACUAAACAUAAAUGCCUAAAGUAUCGCCGCAGGCAUUACAC